AUGUCGAACAUAGUAUCCCAAAUCGAAAAUCUUUUUUUAACUGGACAUUUAGAUGCAGUUUGUGGUGCGAACGUAGUUUAUCUGGCAAUGAAUGGCAACAAUUUGGGUAGAUAUGAAGACAUCAGAACUUUAGCAGAUCGUGCAGUAAAUUCGGCCUUAAUGAAAAUAACCGAUACGGAGCGAAGAACAAGAGUCUUGGAAGUUCUACCAGAGAUGAUGGUUGCUUACAAAAGCAUUGUAGGUUUGAGAGUAUUAAAAGCAUUAAAUACGGAUAGAGAAGACACUCCGGAUAAAACGAGAGAAGAAAUAGAAAAAAAUUAUAAUGCAUUAAAGUCAAGCCUUAGUAGUCCCAAGACUGAUUCUGAUGUAUCUCUUUAUGACGCCCUCAAAAAAAAUUUGGUGAAAUACAUUAAUCCUUUUGAUCUUUCAUGGCAAGAUCCAGAAGCUAAUAUGGUUUUAAGUGAUGAUUCGGUUUUAGUGGAAAAAUUAGGAAAGAGACAAAAACGUGCUUUCAUGGAACCGUGUGAAAACAUGAAAUGUACAUUACCCGAGUCGGUUGUUUCUAAGUGUGAGCAGUUUGUAUGUGAUUUUAAUGAGGCGAUUAAUACAGAUAUACCUAGAAACAUUGUACAUGAUAAGACUUGGAAAGAAAACGUAUCUAAAUUAGAGAAAAGAGCUGAGCGUAUACUGAGUGUUCUCGGGGAGGUCUGGAAUAAUCCUGCAUUCGAAGACAGUACAGCUCGUAAAGAGCAAAGUGAAGGGACCUAUAUUGUGGAUGUGAUAAUGCCUUUACUUCGAGCUAGUUUAGAGGAUAUGCCAAACGGAAGAAUUUGUUUGAGCACGGCAGAACGGCAGAGCUUGGCAAGCAAAUUUCGAAGGAAUCUUGGUGAGGUAAGUGGAAAACGGAUUGGGAAAAAACCUGAUGUCAUGGUACUGAUGAAGUAUGGAGGAAAAAUCAACGAACUUACAUAUGCAGAGUGCUCUCGAAUCGUUUGUAAUGAUACAAAAAAAGCUAAUGAUGAAGUAAAGUUGUGGCGAGAAACAUUGGAUGGCAUGAGUUUUGUUAAUUUAGGAUGCAGACCUUGCAAUCAAUUUGGUAUAGUGGGGAUUCAGGUUGCUGAAGCAGAUGUGUAUUUGAAUGUUCUAGUAAACGAUGCGGGUGGUCUAUCUCGCUAUUUUCAUGUCGAUCAUGCAGAAAUUCCCCUAACACCAAGAUCACCACGACAAUUAAAACCGCUUAUACGAUUGUUGUUAACCUUAAGGAAUAUUUUGAUCGUGAAUAAGAAUUUAUUAAUGCAAGCAUUAAAUCAUGCUAACUCGAAUCCUCCCCGAAAUGUCAAACUAAGCUCCACAAUUUCUUCGCCAUUGCACAAUUAA